GCGCUGCAGAGCUCAUGGUGUACUCUUGAAAUCCGUGUUGCUGUUGCCGACCAUAAAAAUCUGUUGAGUGCAAGUGGAAGUAGCAAAUGUUAAACGCUAGCUAACGCGAUACGGCCAGAAACAGCAGUCUGCAGACCAGCUGAUGUAACAAAGGUCAAGAUAACGAGCAGCACUUUUUCUGAGUAGAUGCCCGCUUUUCGUCCUGGACCUUUCAGUACCAUUAGUGGAUCCGUUUUCAUUCGGAAACCGUGCUGGACAGUUAGCUUGCUAGUGCUGAGAGCUAGUUCACGUUAUUUCUCCUCGGACACGUUUCCUCCCUUUAAACCCCCUCAAGCUGAAUGUGCUUUCUGUCAUGUGUCCGGCCGGGUGCUCCCAUGUGAACGGUUUCAAAGUGGACAAUUGGAAGCAAAACCUGCGAGUCAUAUAUCAGUGCUUUGUGUGGACCGGCACCGCAGAAACCAGGAGACGGAAGCCAACAAGUUCUCAGCAGCCACGUGUACUUGAGCCAAGACCAGUUACAGAGGAAGAGGCAAAGUCGUGUAUCUGUCACAUGUGUGGCGCUCACCUGAACCGGCUGCAUUCGUGCCUAUACUGUGUCUUCUUCGGCUGCUUCUCCAAGAAACACAUCCACGAACACGCCAAAAACAAACGACAUAACCUAGCUAUUGACUUGUUAUAUGGUGGAAUAUACUGCUUCGUUUGUCAAGACUACAUAUACGACAAAGACAUGGAACAGAUCGCCAAAGAAGAACAGAGGAAGGCCUGGAAACUUCAAGGUGUAGGGGAAAAAUAUUCAACAUGGGAGCCCACCAAGCGGGAGCUGGAGCUGCUACGCCAUAAUCCAAAGCGCAGGAAAAUUACUUCCAACUGCACUAUAGGUUUACGGGGCUUGAUCAACUUGGGCAACACAUGCUUCAUGAACUGCAUUGUGCAGGCACUCACGCACACACCCCUGCUGCGUGACUUCUUCCUCUCGGACCGGCACAAGUGUGAGAUGCAGGCCAACUCCUGCCUGGUGUGUGAGAUGUCUCAGCUCUUUCAAGAGUUCUAUUCGGGCCAUCGGUCUCCCCACAUCCCAUUCCGGCUGCUGCACCUGGUGUGGACACACGCGCGUCACCUGGCCGGCUAUGAGCAGCAGGAUGCACAUGAAUUCCUCAUCGCCGCCCUGGAUGUGCUGCACCGCCACUGCAAAGAUGAUGACAACGGGAAGAAAGCCAACAAUCCGAAUCACUGUAACUGCAUCAUUGACCAAAUCUUCACUGGCGGACUACAGUCAGAUGUGACCUGUCAAGUUUGCCAUGGUGUUUCCACUACGAUAGACCCGUUCUGGGACAUCAGUCUGGACCUGCCUGGCUCAUCCACGCCAUUCUGGCCUCUGAGUCCGGGAGGCGACAGUGCUGUGGUUAAUGGAGAGGGUCACAUGACUGGCUCCACCACACUCACAGACUGCCUGCGUCGAUUCACUCGGCCUGAGCAUCUAGGUAGCAGUGCCAAAAUUAAAUGCGGAGGUUGUCAUAGCUAUCAGGAGUCCACCAAACAGCUGACAAUGAAGAAGCUUCCUAUAGUCGCAUGUUUUCAUCUGAAGCGCUUUGAGCAUUCAGCCAAGUUGCGCAGAAAGAUCACUACCUAUGUAUCGUUCCCCUUAGAACUGGACAUGACACCUUUCAUGGCCUCCAGUAAAGAGAGCAGAGUAAAUGGCCAGUACCAGCAAUCAGUAGAUGUAUUAAACAACGACAAUAAAUACUCCCUGUUUGCUGUAGUGAAUCACCAGGGCACAUUAGAAAGUGGCCACUACACCAGUUUCAUCCGCCAGCACAAGGACCAAUGGUUUAAAUGUGACGAUGCCAUCAUCACCAAGGCCAGCAUUAAGGACGUGCUGGACAGUGAAGGGUAUUUGUUAUUCUACCAUAAGCAGUUCCUUGAAUACGAGUAGCUUUAACACACCGAUCUGCUGACUGUGGAGUGCUUCGUUCACCCAGUGAAAGCGGCUGAGAGGGAGAUCACACCUGCAGCAGAGGACACAAUUAACACAAGCCUACCUGAAACUGUGACUACCCAUCGCUUCCUUCCCACACAGGGGCCAAAGCAAAAGAGACGAAAAACAAAAUCAUGCAACACAUUCAAACCAGCACUGAGCUAACCGUUACUUGAUGUGAGAAAAGCGGAGGAGAGGAAGAAAUGCACGACUGCUUUCCGCCUCUCCUGCCACAUUCUCCACCGCUGAAAAAAAACGGAGAGGGUGAAAUGAACUGAUCUGUGAAAACAAGAGUAGAGGGCACAUCUCAACUUUGACUAGUUUUUGUUGUUUUUGUAGAGGUUUUUUUUUUUUUUUUUUCCAAUUUCUAUUUUUUUUUUGUUUUGUUUUGUUAUUCUGUCUUUUCCUCCCCAUGGUGCUCUCAUUCAAACUGACCAAGCGUUAGAAGCCUGCUGGGGUGAGUCAGUGUCUAUUCUGCAUAUGCAUAUGAACUCAAUGCAACAAAAUGUGUUAAAAAAAAAAAAAAAAAUGGACUAGCACAUCAAAGAAGUUUUGCUUUUGAUUUUAUGUUUUUUAAAGAAAUGAUUAUGAAUAUUGUUUGUGAUAUUGGUCAUGAAAUACUGUAUGAAUUCAGUAUCUAGUCUCCAUGUUUUGAAGUGUGGACUUGGCUGAAGCAGUAAAGUAUGUAGGUCUGGGUCAGCACUGCCAUGAAAGCUGAGAGCCUAGGCAAGUCUGUGCUAUUUCCGUUUUCUGUUUAUUUUUAUAUUCUUGAGUGUACGCAAUCCUCAUUCACCUUUUUGGUUUCAGAAUUCUCUUCAACAGGGUUUUGUUGGAGUGCAGUUGUUCCUGUCUGCAGGGUUUCCUUCCCCCAAAUUUAUCAUUUGUAUCUCUGUUGUGUUUUGGUGAGGUAUUAUAAAGCUGAUGUUGGUUCUCUGAUGAAGAGGAGCAGCAGACCUGACCAUUUUUCAAGGCAAUAUUUGGCAAGACCAUUACUACAGUGUUAUUUUACUUGUGAUCUGUGUGCAUCUAUGCGAUUUACCUUUGAUCAUCCCACAAGAGCCAAGCCUGUAGGCCUAUGCAAGGCACGUGUUAAAGGAAGAGUUCACCAGUUUUAAAAAUUUCGACAAGCAUCUUCUUGCCUCAGCUUUAUCUGUAAUUGGUAGAGGCAGUUUUCAUCACUGAACUGUUUGGUCAAACGCAUGCUUUAGAGACCAACUCUCUCACCCAGCAUUUAAAAAAAAAAAAACUGUAUGUACAAGCGAUUACUAAAGGUUGUUUCAUAUCAACAGCACAGCAUGACCGGUAAAGCAAAACAUCUCCGCCGUGCAGAGGUGGUGAGUCAAAACCGUCACACAAGUGGCAAGCAGUCAGAAAUAGACAUGAACUAUGAAAUUGCACUUAGUGCAUGCAUCAGGUUUCAAAUAUUCCAUUAGCUAUAUUAAUGUUAUUAUUCUCACAAACACAAUAAAACAGUAAAAUACAACAAUUUCAUUCUCAUCCUCCUCCAUCUUCCCCAUGAUGCUGUGCUUUUGCCUCCUGCAAAAUGAUGUAACUGUCAAACAGUUUGCAUCACUUCUAUUAUGUUGUAAAUGAUCCCUGUAAUGUGGUAGUGUGGCAGACACACAAAACAGGAACUCUUCCAGGAACCAGUGACCCGGGAUAAGAAUAUGGCCACAGGUUUUGUCCUAACACACAAUUAGUUUGACAUCUGGUCACUUACCUUCAGACGGUAUAAAAUGUGAUUUAAUUUGAGCUUGCCAUGUAGGUGCUUACUGUAAGCAUUUUAAUGGAAGCUGCAUUACUGACUCUUCCUGCUGACCUAAACGUUUCUAUGCCUCUUCUCAGGCCGCAUACAUCCAUAGUAGUAUGGAUAGUAAGGCAUUUGAAAUGUUCCUAAUUUUAUUUUUUUCACACACUACAGCAUGCAUAAGCCUAUGCACUUAAAAGCAUGACAUAGCACAUGGUAACAUAGUGUGUAUUAUGCGGUUAUGGUUUAUUCCCCCAACCCCCCUGCCCCUCCCGAACUGAGUUCCAACACACAACCCCUCCUGCUCUAGAGCACCUGAUAGAUAGUGGGUAAAGGUGGGCUAAGCAAUUUUUAAAACAGUUUUAAGAACACUUUUUCAUAUUUUACUAUUUGGCGUCCUCACAUUUCAGCUUCAGUCAAAGCUGCCAGAAGAAACUCCACUCUCUGUAGCACCCCAGAGUCUGUAAACCACGGGGAAAAUUUUAUGUGGCCCUCCAACAAAUCACGCUAAAUUGGCAUCUCGAGCUGUGUGUUAAUCAUGUUUGGGCUGUUCAACCAUCUUGCGUUAGCCAUUAGGUGUUUUGAGGACAUGGCUUCAGAGGGACCACUAAAGGAAGGGGCUAAAUUUGUUUUUAGCCUAAAUUUGAUUUUUUUUUUUUUUUUUUCAAAGCUUCCAGCUUUAGCUAACCUCUACCAAAAGUAAAAAAAAAAAAUCUUUAUUUAUCUUUAAUAAUCACAAACAGUCCACUCUCAAGAAAGUGUUAUAAUGCAAAUGGGUCGUACUAACCAGCCCUAGAGCAGGAGGUGUGAAUUGUUGGAAUACACAAGGGUCCGUCUCCGGCAGUAUUCUCUGUGGCAUCGUGCCUUGCGCACACUGGUGCCUCUGCACACAAACCCAGUGCUGCUCUUUUAAAUCCAUAUGCUGUUUCCAUGUGGAGCUAAAGACAGAAAAUAACACCAGUAUAUUUGUGUGUCUCUGUGAUUUUAUUAAUAUCACUUUUCACCGAAAGAACUCCUACAUCAAGGUUGCACGGCUUAUGCCAAGUCAGCAGUUGCAGUUGGCAUAUGGUAAUGCCACACCGAAGACCUCAAAAUAUAACUGGUGUGCUUAUGUUAGAUGAGUCUUAGCCAGUUCAUUUGGUCUGCUGCAGAAUUUUUUUCCCUUUCUAUGCCAGAACUAAAUGGGGUGAAGUAAACGAUCAGGGCUUGUCUGGAGUCUCACUAUGGCCAUUUGGUCAUUCAGGGAAACAGGAGAAGUAUUUAACUGAUUAAAACCCAACUGGAA